GAGGGGGCGGCGGCCGCGGGGCCCUGCCACCCGGAGGUGUGUCCCGCCCUAGGCGCGGCUCCCGCAGGUACUAAUCGCCGCGCUGCCCCGGCUCCCUCCUGCACUGCCUCCCGCUUCCCGGAGCCCGCGGCCGGGAUGUACGGGGGGCAGCAGCAGCUGCAGCCCCUCACGCUGCCCCCGCACCUCCAGCAACAGCAGCAGCAGCACCACUACUACCGGCGCCAGCAGCACUACAGCACGCUCCCCGCCCCCCGGCGGCCCCUCUCCUGCCCGGAGCCGCUGCCCCGGCCCCUGCCCUGCCGGGACCCGCCGCCCUGCCCGGAGCCACCGCCGCCGCCGCGGCCGCCGCCGUCCCGGGACCCGCCGCCCUGCCCCGAGCCUCAGCGGCCCCUGCCGUGCUUCGAUCCCGCGCCCCACCAGCAGCAGGACGGCAGCGUGGCGUACGACCGGGUGCGGACCUACGGCCCCGGCUGCCGGAGAGUGAGCACGUCCUGCUCCUCCCGGGCGGCCUCGCCGCUGGAGUGCUCGCACGGCUACCAGCAGGUCAUCGCCGGCUGCGACCCGCCGCAACAGGGCACUUUUCGAAGGAUUAUUAUUGAGAAUCCUGAUCAGGAGCCAUUAUCCCCAUUUCUUAGAGGGGCAAAUUUCUCUCCUGGAAAUAAUGUCAUCUAUGAAAAGACAAUAAGAAAAUAUGAGCUAUUAAAUCCUCUCCAAGAGAAGCAGUAUCAGUUCUCCCGCCAGUGCCAGAGUCCCCAGCAAGUGGAGCAGUGCCAGGCUGCCCAGCCCUGCCAGUACUCUGAGCAGUCCCAGGUCACUCACCAGUGCCAGCAGACACAGACCAGCAGCCCUUGUGAAGUAAUUCCAGUCUCCGUCAGCGAUGACUGCAGAGGAAAUACAGUGAGGAGGGUGACAGUGCAAACCUGUGAGCCGGUGAACUGUGCUCAGGAAAAUAAUGACCAGCUGGACUGCCGCUACUUCGGUGAGCUCCUGGCUGAGCUGCACCGCAAGACCAACGACUUGCACAGUUGUUUACUGCAGCAUGUAGAAAAGAUAGGAGGAAGGAACCAUGACAUUGAAUUUACGUGUCAGACUGAAGAUAUUGAAGAAUUAAUUCCCAAAGGACUCUCUGAGGCAACAAAGCAGCAGAUUCGUUAUCUCCUCCAGAUGAGAGUCACAUCAGAUAAAUCUUUGAGACUUGUGCUUUCCACUUUCAAGAAUCUACGUGAAGAGCUUUGCCACCUGCAGGAUGACUUGGGGAAGUUAGAAACCGACAAUGUGUUACUUAAGAAGGAUUUGGCUUUUAAAGAUUGUCAAGUAAAAGAGUAUGAAACUAUGCUGGCUUCUCUGAGAGAGAAUAAUCGUCAGCAGCAGCAAGGACUCAGAGAGAGUACUGCAAAGUGUCGCUCUCUGGAGGAACAGCUCCUCUGCCUUCGGCUCAGUGAGGGAGAAAAGGAUUGUCAGCUAAAGGAGCUGGAGUUCUGCAAGCGUGCCUUGGAGCAGGAGAUUCAGAGCCUCAGGCUGCAGGCCUGCUCUAAUCCAACCCUGCAGACCACCACGGAUGAACUCUCCAGCCGUUACGUAGAGAUGAUCAAUAACUUGAGGGAGGAUAAAGAUCAUGAGAUCCGCAGCCUUAGGUCUCAGUUAUGCCAAUUCCAGCAAGACAUAUCAAGGAGAGAAGGAAGCAACAGUGACUUGCAAAUACGGUUGCAUGAACUGACAUCAAUGUUGGAGGAGAAAGAUGCUUUUAUUAAACAACAGCAAGAGGACCUCUUCAGACUGAAGCAUGAGAAGUUAUCUGGCAGUCAGUCCCCUGCUGUAACUGCUGUCAUCACCAAGAAGUACAGGAAUCAGUACCCUAUUCUGGGACUCCUGUCUGAUGACUACAAGGUUACAUCACCUGUCAAUAAAUCACAAACUAUUGUCAUUGAAAGGACGGGAGAGAUAUGGAAACACGUAAGUUUACCUGAGGAUUGACUGUUUGGUCUCUGAAAUUCUUAAGUAUUCAAUUUAACUUCAAAGAAAGUAUCAGCCAAAACUGACAUCCAGGUCAACUGAACUUGGCUGAUUAAAGACCAGGAACUGUCCUGUCUAUUGCAAGGAGGCAGUAAUUGGUGGGUGGGGUAUAAAUAAAACAGCCUUUUGUUGUUUUCUUGGACACAUAAUUACCUGUAACAAAAGCAGCAGCCCUGUCCCACACCAGGCUCUGCCCUCGCACGAGGCAGCCUUUGGGCAUCGCUGUACCAGGAAGUUAGUUAGGUAGGAGCUUCUUCUGUGUUGUGCUCCCAGGGGAAGGAGUGUUUUGGUGGGCAGUACUCCUCUGAAUCAUGAGUACUAGUGACUCCACACUAUUAUUAAAAUGUGCUAAGCAUCAUGUCCGUGAAACCUGCAUUGAGACAGGGCCAUGACUAACCCAGGAACUGUGGAAGAGUGAACUGCUCCUUGAAAAGUCACCAGAGUAAAAUAGAAAACAGGACUGCUGAAGCUGUUUAUGUUACAGGGCACAAGGUCACCAUGCCAAGUCUCUGUACAAGGUAGAGGCUUGAGCAGGAGCAACAUGGGCAGCUCCCAGCCACGUGUGUGACCAGUGGAGUCUGACGAUGCUGUCUGUAGGCACAGUACAGUAGAGCAGCACCAAUCUGUAUGGGAAGUAGCUUUGAGGGUGGGAAACUACCAAGGUAAAGACAAUUACCUGAGCAGAUGAAGGGUAAAACAUCUGGCAUGUUCUAAAAGGAUACAUUACCUGGAGUAGGAUUAAGAAAACAAAAAGCAGAGGUAACUGGCAAGCAGCAGUUCUACAACUGAUUUAAAACUCAUCCACCUGCAUUGCAACCUAAUGAAAUGCAAAGGAAUUCAACAUUAAUUAAAGAAGUUACAAAAAUAAAGCCCAACCCGCUGCCUUGAAAAGUUAAGUCAGACUUUCCAUUAUCAAAAAUGGCAAAGAUGAGCGCACUUGGCAGUUGAGAUCAGUAUCAUUAAUGAGAACUGUUGUAUUUAAGUUUCCCAAGGUCUCUAUCAAUCACUACUGCAAGUUUCAGCUGAAAUGAAAUUCCUUUGCUGCAAGAUAAACUUGCUGAGUUACAGAAGUGCCAGUUCUGCCUUUCCUCCAAGCUUCACACGUUCUUUUGCUGUGUUUAUGUACCAUCAGCCAGAUCUGUCUGCAUUCAUUACUGAACAAGAGCGCUGAUUGGUAUCUGAAUUGCUGUGGGGUUGUGCUGAAAGCACAUGGCCGGUACAUGAUACCAUCCUGCCCACAGUUACCAGGCUCAGUCCUUCCGGAUACUUGGGUGCAAAUACUUUAACAUGGAUUCUAGUCACAGCAGAGAAACUUUUAGGGUGGAAAUUUUGCAGUACCUGCUCUUCAGGUGCCCGAUACCUUCCUGUUCCUGGUUGUCCUCCCACGUACAGAAAAAGCUGCUGUCCCUGGAUUGUGUUUACUCAGAUGGGGAAGCCUGACUGUUCUGAUGUUGGUCCCUCGCUGAACAAAACCGUUUCCAGCUUAAUGACACAACUUUGUCCUUGCCAGUGCUGGUGUUUGGGAGCAUGGGUUUGUGAAGGAAGAAAGGCUUGGUGGGCCCUUGAGACACUUCAGAAGUCAGGCUGUUACAGAACAGAAAUACCUCAUUAAAUGACAGGCUUUACAGACCACGUAGUUUUGUUUAUACACAGAAAUAAG